UCAUCGACGUAUCCGAACGCUCCAAUUUUCCGUUGAUAGUCGAUUUUGUUUUCUUCGAAUUAGCACAUCAAGAAAGCAGUAUGAAGGCGCCGAGGAGGCCGAUCCACGCCGUGUCAACAUGGGUUAAACGGCAACCUCCAAAGGUAAAGGCUUUUCUGGCGGUAGUCGCCGGCAUGAUGAUUCUGGUGCUGCUACGUGCCAUUGUCCACGAUCACGACAACCUUUUCGUCGCCGCCGAGGCUGUUCACGCCAUCGGAAUCUCUGUCCUUAUCUAUAAGCUCACGAAAGAAAAAACUUGUGCUGGGAUUUCACUCAAAUCCCAGGAGCUCACUGCUCUGUUUUUGGCUGUCAGACUGUAUUGUAGUUUUGUCAUGGAAUAUGAUAUACAUACCUUACUUGAUUUAACUACAUUGGGGACAACCUUAUGGGUUAUUUUUACGAUCCGAGUAAAUCUUGAAUCAAGUUACAUGGAGGACAAAGACAAUUGUUCAAUUUAUUAUGUGGUGAUCCCUUGUGCUGCCUUAGCCUUGCUAAUUCAUCCAUCAACAUCACAUCACUUGAUCAAUAGAAUCUUCUGGGCUUUCUGUGUUUACUUGGAGGCGGUUUCUGUGCUUCCUCAACUUCGUGUAAUGCAAAACACUCAGAUAGUUGAACCAUUCACAGCUCACUAUGUAUUUGCCUUGGGUGUUGCGAGGUUCUUAAGUUGCGCUCAUUGGGUUCUCCAGGUUUUGGACAGUAACGGCCAUCUACUAGUAGCAUUAGGUCAUGGUUUAUGGCCUUCAAUGGUGCUUAUAUCUGAAAUUGUUCAGACAUUCAUCUUAGCAGACUUCUGUUACUACUACGUUAAAAGUGUUUUCGGAGGACAGCUGGUUUUGCGCCUUCCUUCAGGGGUUGUGUAAUGCUAGUAAUGGACAAAUUUUGCGUACCACACUUGCUUAUUAUUUUGUAUCCUACACAAGUCCAACUUGGUCUAGAUUCUCCAGGGGCAAGAUCAAGAGUGGAUGUUUUUGUAAAGCUAGCACUAUCUAAAUUAAGUAGUUAAUUUUGUGGCAAUCA